UGUUUAGCCUGUCUAUCAAUUUAAUUUCAAAACUAAAGUAAACGGAAAAACUGUGUAAUAAGAAUAAAAAUGUUUCAUGCAAAACGUCGCGAAAGAUCCAAGUCCAAGGACAGCCGCUGGGAUCGCAUACGCAAGCGUCAUCUGAGUACGAAUGCCUUAGGCCUAAAGUCAGAUGCCGUGCGUCGCUUUAUCGAAGUGGAUUACGUGGGCCAGCGGCAGGAGAAGCUGCUCAUUGAUGGCGAACAGGCCAAGCAAUUGAAUCCCAGUGUGAUCAUGGACAUGCGCCAUGAGAUGUUUCAGAAAAUUCCGCACAAGCUGCCGCUGGCUACGUUGGCUCAUGGCAGCACAUUGGAGUCCACCAAGGCGCACAAUUUGGAUGUGGAGCAGCGCUACAUCAAUAAUCAGUUGCAAAAGUUUCGCCAGCAGCUGGCCAGGCAGCAUCCGAAGAGAAGCCAAGACAUACGCGUGCCGCCCAGCAAGCCGGAUUUCAAGCUGAACAACGGGCCACUGAUGCAGAGUCUGGCACAGGCGGCACAGCACAUUGAUGAUUUCUAUAGCACGCCAGUGCAGGCCUUGGGACAGGCGGCACUAAUGUGCUCGAACACAAAGUGUGUGGCGACGGUGAGCCUGCUGCACGAGCUGGGCGCUGAGCAGGAGGCGGACAUGGAUCUCGAGUGGGUGGAGCAGGAGGCGCUGGUGGAAGCGCUGCCUGAGUUUAGGCUGGAGCAAGUCAAGCCAUUGUCCAUGAACUCACUGGAGUAUCGCAACUUUGCCAAACAGAUUCAAGUGGAUCAAAGUAAGGAGCUGCUGCUGCGCUGCCGCACACCCAGUCCUUUGACCUCCACCGAGGAGUUCUUCAAGCCGAUGCGAGCUGCUGCCGAGCGACAGAUGCUGCACGUGCGCACCAUACGGCAUGAGGAAGAGUUGCAAGAGCAGCAGCAGGAGCAGCAGUUGGAGCAGCCACCUCAGCUGCAGCGGGAACCCUCCACCUGUUCGAACACAAGCGAUGGCAUUGACUCGGUCAUAUCCGAUCUGGCUGAAGAGGCAUUGUACGAGCUGCAAAUGGAAGCGGCAGCAGAACAGAAGGAAAAAGAAAAGGAAAAAGAUUUACCUGCAGCCACGAAGCAUGUGCAGUUCCAGCUGCCGCAGCCACAAAUUCCUAGUCCAACUGUGGAGGAAUCUGAGGACGAGCCAGAGCCCGAACCCCUGCUCAUACGCCGCAUAGAGCUGCCCAAAGUGGUGGUUAAGCCGAAGGAACCAGAGCCACCGCAAGAUCUCUCCAGUGCCAGUGAGGAUGAAACCGAUCUGGCCACCACCCACGAGAAGCAAAAGAUCAUCGAGCAACUGUUCCAGGCCCGAGCCAACACACAGAUUGUGCUGAUGCGCAAAUACUUUCUCAAGUGGAUACACUACACAACACUGGAGAAGAUUGAACGGGAGCAGGGACACGCCAGCCAAACGAGGGACAAUCGCGUGCAAAAGAUCAACGCCUUUCUGGACAAGGUGCGCAUGGAGAAGAAGCGCAUACGCACAUCCCAGCAGGCGGACACAAACAGCGAGGUGAACAAGGUCACACAGCAGUCGCUGGAGCAGCGCCAGGAGGCAGUCAAGAUGGCAAAGCAGUUCAAGAAUAAAUUAAAGGUCCAACAAGACAUCAUUGACCUGCAGCGCAUCAAGCUGGAGCGUCAGGAACGUCUCAUAAUGCAGCUAAAGCUGAGCAAACUCAGUGACGAGGCCAAAGAGGCGCGCGAGGAUCUCAAGCAGGAACUAAAGACAGUUAUACGCUGCGGCGAUCCCAAGGCAAAGGCCAAGGCCAAGUGUCUUCAGUUGAUUGGCAGCCUGCGGGAUGCCGAUGAUGAAGCCAUGGCCAGACUUCAAGGCAAGGCAUUGCUGCAGCCGAGAUUCCUGCAGCACAUGCAGGAACGGGCCGUGGAGAGAAGUGUGCGACAUGAGCAGGCACGGCAGCGUCGAGCGCAGGCCGAGGCGGAGCGAGAGGCCACCAAGCAUGCCCUAGAGGAGGCCAAGCGCCAAGAGGACGAAGAGGCCAAGCGUCUGCGCAUCGAGGUGCUGAAGGAGAAACGCCGCCAAGAGAAAAUGGCCAAAGUGUUGAAGGAGCGCGAGCGUCAGCGUUUUAUCGAGAACCAACGAAAGGCCACCGAAUUCAGUCGCCGCCUGUUGCUGCGUCGUGUGGGCUUGGAGGGCUUCAAGCGUUUGCUGCAACGCAAGCGCGAUAAUCUGGUCAAGGCCGAGGAGUACCGCCGAAAGUUGUACAAAAAGAAUGCCUUUCACUUCUGGCGCGAGUACACGGCAUUCAGGCAGCGCGAGAAGCUGGUACGGGCCGAGCAGUGCUGGCAGCGCAUACUGAAGCGACGCGCCUUCGGUGUGUGGAUUGGGUAUUUGCAGAAUGAACGAAGCAAAAUGAUGGUGGCCAUCGACUGGCAUGCUCUGCGCACCACCGAAAAGUGGUUUGAGCGCUGGCUAAAGUACACCACGCACUGUCGCAUGGCGGAGGAUACCAAGAUGAAGCAGUCCAUCUCCCAUCACGAGUGGCACCUGAAAUGGAAGGUCUUAGACUGCUGGCAGCGUUUGCCGCAAAUAUUGAAAAUAGAAAAGGAAACGGAGGAGCGACGACAGCGUUGGCGAAUGAAGAUAUGGGAGCUAUUGCCAGAUUACAAGCCGCGAGAGGAUAGUUUGUGGUAGUUACAAUUAUGGGUUC